AUGAAGGGUCUCUUUGCGGUUCUCACCGUCACCGGCAGGGUAAAGGACCCUAUCGAAUCCGUAGUAUGGCUCCCACACAAGUUACCGAGGACUACUACACCAUCCUCCAAGUGGCCAAGACUCGCGCAGCUCAAGCAUCCCGACAAGGACAAGGGCAACCCAAACGCGACGGCCCAGUUCCAACUGCUCCAGGCCGCAUACUCGAUGCUGCAUGAUCCAGUGAAAAGGCGCGAGUACGAUAGCCAGCGCGCCUUGGUGCCGAACAAGAAUGGGUCGCCAGCGAACACGGCGCCCUCAAGUGCCGACUCUGGCCCCGACACUCGACAGCAAGAGGAAGCCCAGGCAGCAAGGACCGCCGAAAGGGACGCAAUGCUGGAGGUGUUACGCAAGAAGCAAACGACGCAAGAUUCCCCAGUAUUCGAGGCGAGACGACAAUCACGCAGGAUGCAGGCGGAAAUGAAGGAUUUGCGGGAGAAACUCAGCAAGGAGAAACUCAGCAAGGAGAACCGGGAGGAAGAAGCGCAUAAUAGCUGGUCGAGGUACCUCUCCUCCCUGGUGCUGCGAAACCAGGAAUCCGAGGAAGCAAAACUGGCGAGGAGACGGGGCCAGCUCGACCUCGCUGCAGCUAUACGCAUCAGGGACAGGGGCUUGGAGCAGCAGAAAAGAAGCCUCUGCGACCUCGUGGCAAACCUGGAAACCACGCAAGCAGAGAUCGCCAGGAUCACUCGCGAGACGGACCAGGAGAAGGCAGACGCAGAGGCGGAGAAGCGCAGGCGCGAGGAGAGAGCGGCGCAAAGGGCGUGGGCGGAGACCUUGGCAGCCAUGCAUCGCAAGCAGGCGGAAGAAGCGCAGCGUCGACAAGAGCAGGAACGCAGAGCGCGGGAAGAGAGCGCCAGGCGCGCCAGGGAGCAGGCGGAGAGGGAGCGCAAGGCCGCGGAGGAGAGGAGUCGACGCAUGAGGCACGAGACACCCUUCCACGAUAUCACCGGCGGACUCUACACACGGGUACCCUACGCGAUCUAUGAGCCGCCACCUGGGAGAGGCACACCUCCGCCGGUGUGUGCGCAUCGUGGCUGGUGGGGAAAGAUUUCGGGUAGUCAUCUUUGCUCGCGGUACUCCACGUACACGAGGCUGUUCGCUUUCAAGUGUCCAGGAUGCCAAAAGGUGGCCUGCGCAACCUGCAGGCGCGUCCUGCGCGGAGAGCGUGCUCGACCUGACCGGUCUGCCAACCAGUCCCAUAGUACCGGCUACUUCGAAGACUAUCAUUAA